GAGUUUCACUGGACAGUGAAACGAACGCGAAGAGUAGCUUCAGACAGUAAGCGAGGAACCUUCGUACAGUUUGAACGCAAAGUUCGUUACCGUUUCUCCUGAUCCGCGAGUUGAUCUGUUUAUUGUUAUUUUUGUUAUAUUUUUUUUUUUUUUUGUUUUUUAUCGAAGAGUGAAUAUCAGUGUAUUGCAACGGUAUGAUUCUGCAAUCGGGAAGUUUGUUCGUGGUAACUUUUGCCACGAUAUGCAGUUCGUUGCCAUCAGCGAUUCUAGUCAGCGGAAAUCCCGCGAUCAUCGAGGGUACGAAUUAUCGGGAUUUCGGUAGUGGCGGUGACGAAAUACCGCGUGACAAUUAUCCGGAAAUCAAGGAUCCAAUAUCGUCCUCUAGGUACGAAAAUUCAAGGGAGAAGUUUUUUCCGCCCCGGAGACGCAGGAUCGAGAUCGACGAGUUCGAAGGAAAUUAUUCCGAGCUCGAAAUAGUGCCAAGUAGUGAAAACUGGCGGAGUCGAUCCUACGAGUCGGAAUUCGAAGAGGGCGAGAAAGAUUCGGUCGAACCGACCGAUCUCCUGUCCAAAAAUGCUACCGCCAACUGGCUCUCAAAAUUUCGGGGUUUCACGUUGGCCGGAUUCGUCGAGUCGAUAUUCACCCUGAUGACCAGCGGGAUCAGCACCAUAGUGAACAACAUCGUCGGCGGUGAAUCGAAGAGCAGCAAACCUCGGCCAAAUCGAGUAAGCUACAAGGGUCAUCAGCUGCUCAGGAUAACCCCAACGACCGACAAGCAAGUCGCCGAACUCCAAGAGAUGAUGGAGUCGAACGAUGACGGGCUAAAAUUCUGGACACUGCCGGCCAAAAACAGGUUCACAGAUGUCGUUGUCGCUCCAGACAUGCUCAGUGAAAUAAAGGAUUCGUUGAGGGAACAGCAGUUCGGAUUUCAAGUGUUGAUAAAAGACUUACAGAAAACGAUUGCGUUUCAAAAUCCAAAAAUGUCCAAGGAGCAACGAGAGGACUUAGUCACAAGUCAGGGUCACUCUAUGACGUGGAAGCGAUACCACAGAUAUGCAGAUAUAGUCAGGUACUUGGAAUAUCUGGCGUUUACUUACCCCAGCCUGGUGGAGCUAGUAACUAUCGGCCACAGCUACGAGGGACAACCCUUGAAAUUAGCCAAAGUUUCAACGGGUCUGACUACGGAUGGAGAAGCUAAGCCGGUGGUAUGGAUCGACGGCGGAAUGCAUGCGAGGGAAUGGAUCGGUCCAGCGGUGGCGACUUACAUCCUGAAUCAGUUGGUGGAAAAGAAUUCGACCUAUUCAAAAUUGCUGGAAACGUCCGACUGGAUGAUCCUGCCAGUCUCAAAUCCGGACGGCUACGAAUUCAGCCACAUGGCCGAUCGCCUGUGGCGCAAAACCAGGAGCAAUCACGCAGAAUUAGAUUCCGACAACGAGGCCAGAUCAGGUCCGCUCGGCUUGUUCUAUCUCGUCUCUCAUUACACCCGGUGGUUUUUCAACCGGUGCGAGGGGGUCGAUCCAAACCGGAACUUCGGUUACCAUUGGGGCGAAGAAGACAGCGGAGCGGCCAGCGCCGAUCCCUGCCAUGAAACCUACGCUGGACCAAAAGCCUUCUCGGAACCGGAAACGCGCGCUAUAGCUGACUACAUUCUGGCCAACCGGCAGAGCAUAAGGAUGUACCUCACGCUGCAUGCCUACUCCCAAAUGUGGCUUGUUCCAUGGGGCUACACGAAGAUACGCCCGCCUGAUUUCGAGGAACUCGCCAACGUCGCGAGGAAAGCUACCAACGCCAUCCUCAAGGUGCACGGAACUCAGUACCAGGUUGGCGCCUCUCCGGAGCUCCUUUAUCCUACCUCAGGUGGCUCCGACGACUGGGCGAAGGGAGUAGCUGGAAUAAAAUACGCUUACACGGUUGAGUUGAGAGAUCGUGGUAUUUAUGGUUUCCUUCUACCGGCGAACCAGAUUGUCCCAACAGCGCGAGAAACUUGGGCUGGCAUUCGAGCGAUAACUCGCCUCGUGACGUGCAACACUUGAAG